CGUGUCGCAAACAUUAGUAAAACUGCUGUUAAUGUUUAAGGUUUUCGUAAUCAUCACCGACAUCUGUUGGACAGUACGCAGGGAUAAUAAUAGUUUAAAUCACAUACUUAUUAUCUCGGACAACUAAAUUAUCAUUAAAAAUAAAUACGGAACCAUAAAAUUAGUCAUAUUCAUGAGUAGAGGACUGUUAUGAAAAUGGAUAAAUGAUAAUAUUCACUGGCGUACUUUUGUUUUUGACAUUGGCAGCAUUGUGGCGCGCAUGCGUUGGCCAAACGCGACGGAUUUAAAUUUAGAAACGCGGCUGGACAUAAUUCUGCCGUCCUAUUUCAAUAGAGACACAAACGGGUUUUACACAAACAGUACGUAAUUUCGAUUAAAAAUUAAAGCAAAUCGUACUUUAAAAUUAUAUAAAAAUUAUGAUUCUGAUUCGAGAAAAUUACUAUUAAACUAUUGUGAAGUGAAGUGUAAAUAGUAUCAGUGAUAAAACUGUGAAAAUGUAUGGCAUUACAAUCCUGAUAAUUUUGUUGGUAAAACAAGAUAUCGUGAGGUCUGUGCGACUCGUGGAGCUCAGGGUUCCGACCCAUGAGCGGGAAGGAGGCUCCGCGUUGCUCGGCUGCCAGUACGACCUGGAAGGGGAUACCUUGUACGCAGUGAAGUGGUAUAAAGACGGUAAAGAGUUCUUCAAAUACGCACCGAGAAUUCAAACGCCCAUGAAACAUUUUAAGCUGCCCGGUGUUCAUGUUAAUGAAUCCCGAUCCUCGACUACUGUUGUGGCUCUCGAAAAUUUAACGCGCGAAUCUGCAGGACUGUACGCCUGUGAGGUUUCAGGAGAAGCUCCUAGUUUUAUGACGGCUCGUAGUGAGAAAUAUAUUACAGUUCACUUAAUACCCGAUACAGGACCAAAGCUAACGGGCUUAAAAGACAAAUAUUUUCUCGAUGAUCUGGUAGUAUCGAACUGCACUACAGCCCCCUCAACACCGGAAGCCCAUUUGAAGUGGUUAAUCAAUGAUAGGCCGGUUCUAAAGAGGUUCCUUCGCGGACCCUGGUACAGAGUUUCAGCGGACCGCCCCGAUGCCAUAGAAACUACAUUGCAAUUAAGAUUCACAGUGACACCGUCAGAUUUUGUCGAUGGCGCCAUGAAAUUAACUUGUCAAUCGACAAUAGCACCACUGUAUCAGCAAGAAACAACGUCCACUCAUUAUAUAGAUUUGCCACUCAGCCUAGAAACACCAUCACCGGUUUCCUCUCCAAGUACAGAUCACGCCAUCAAGACGAAUUGGUCUAUCUUAACUGUACUAUUGUCCGUUUUAUUUUUAAGGAUAUAAAUAUGGGUCCGUUGAAACACCUUGGACACCGCUUCGUGGAAAAUGAAUUUAGUCUACAUGUAUACUGUUACGUCAAUUUUACGGAGCUCUAAUUACCGUUUUGUCUAGACGUUGCAAAUUUACUUUGGAGGACCUUAAGCAUGCGUGAAUAAUUUUGACUUUAUGUAAUCCGAGAAACAGGACCUAGUGAGAAAUGUGUAAAAAAUUUAAGAUACUCGUAUUCCCUGGGGUCCAAGAUGCUUUUCGUUGCAUUUACGUACUAACUUUAUUACUGAAUUAUAAUUUUAUGUAUUUAAUUUAUGUAGUUUAAUUCUUAUUCUUCUUCUUCUUAUCUUAUAUUAUCAGCACGUUUACUAAUAAAUCGGUACUGCAAUGAAAUUGCGUCAAUUUUUAGAAAUAAUUUAGAAAUAUAUUAUAAUAGUAAUAACUAUAUUUAUUUUAAAGCUUUUAUAGAAUUACCAUGUAAAAAAAUACUGUCAUCAAGUAAAAUUGAAUAAUAAUCACAUUUUGAGAAUAAAAACUUUAUUUAUACAGAAAA